ACCCAACACUCACCAUACACUCCUGGUGAACUAUUUGAUAUUGGGUGGUUAAGACAAUCCAUUUGCAACCUGCUACCAAACUACCAUUUCAACUUUUUUACUAAGGUUGGAAAUACCGAAUCUGACAUCCUUUGGCGUGUUUGGUCGUCGAUAUUGUAUAUGUUUGAUGAUUGUGAAAUUGAUGUUAACAGUGGUGAGACAGAAAGUCGAGCAACGAGUGAUAAUAAUAAUUCAAGUAGAUCGCUUGGUAAAAGAAAGCUACAUGGAACUCGGGUCGACCUCCGCUUUACAUAUGAUGGUGCAGAAUUAGGAUGUGCCGAAGCAGGUCGUGUAGAUGAAGGCGAGCUUGGCACAAAGGAGAUGCUAGAAGGAAGUCUCAAAUGUCCGAAGACACUUCGCGAUAUGUUUGUUCAUUUAUCAAAAAAAUAUCCUGACAAAAAAAGUGGUCUCCGAACGUUUGGUUUUAUGAUGAUGGGUUAUUCUAUCUCGGCAAGCAUCAUGGAUUCCCCAGGCGGAAAUGUCUGUCGCUUAACAAGAAUUACCCCACGUUAUACAGUAUCAACUAACAUUAAGGCAUUCAGACAUCGAGUCCUCCCCAUCCUCAAGUUCUUUUUAUCCAUCAAGCAAACAAUGUUA